AUGGCUGAAGAGGUAGGCGGAGUCUGUGAAGGAACUGCGGCAGAUUCAAAGCAAGCAAACAUGGCGGCGGGUCAAGAUGUCGGCGAAAACAGCCGAAACAGAAGAGGCAAGCAGUCCUCCAUGGUGGUCCACCAGCACGAGUCCCGGGGGGGGUCCCGCACGGCCCGACAGCCCGUCAUCUUCAACCCGGACUUCUUCGUGGAGAAGCUCCGCCACGAGAACGCCGAGGUUUUCCUGGAGCUGGUGUUGAGUAACAUCACCCGCCUCAUCGAUCUCCCCGGCGCCGAGUUCUCGCAGCUGGUCGGCGAGGAGGGCCCCAAGACGCCCACCGCCGGGAACGGGGGCUUCUUCCGCUCCUUCAACUUCCUCAAACGCAAAGAUAAAGGCGGCGUGUUUGCCACAGCGCUGCCGGAGAGCUGCCUGGCUCAGAUCUACCAGCUGAUCGAGUACCUCAGUAAAAACUUGCACGUGGAGGGUCUGUUCCGGGUGCCGGGGAACAGCGCUCGGCAGCAGGUUUUGAAGGAGCUCCUGUGCAGCGGCGCCGCCGUGGACCUGCAGUCCGGCGACUUCCAUCCCAACGACGCGGCCACGCUCCUCAAGAGCUUCCUGGGCGAGCUGCCGGAGCCCCUCCUCACGCACAGACACUACCACGCGCAUCUGAAGAUAGCUGACCUGACCCUCUUCGACGAGCGGGGCAACAAGACCUCGGCGCCCAACAAGGAGCGCCAGAUCGAAGCCCUGCAGCUUCUCUUCCUCCUCCUGCCCGCCGCCAACCGCUCGCUGCUCAAGCUGCUGCUGGACCUCCUCUACCACACCGCCAAGCAGCAGGAGAAGAACAAGAUGUCCGCCUUCAACCUGGCGCUUAUGUUCGCCCCGCACGUGCUCUGGCCGCGACACGUGACGGCCCAAGACCUGAAAGACAAGCUGAAGACGCUCAACAGCAGCAUGGCCUUCCUCAUCAGACACUCGCAGAAGCUCUUCCGGGCGCCGGUCUACCUGCGGGAACGCGCCAGAGCACACUUCCUGACCAACUCGGCGCUGCGGAGCAAGGACGACCUGGACCUGUUGGCGGUGAGCAACCCGCCCUCGCAGCGGGUGGCGCCACUGCCGCUCAAGAGGCCGGCGAUCCUGACCCCGGCCGGUCCCGAGCAGUGCCAGUCCCCCGCCCAGCAGUACACGGAGGAGGCGCUGAAGGAGCUCUUUCAGCACGUGCACCACAACAUGCCCGACUCGGCCAAGAAGAAGAAGCUGGUCCGACAGUUGGUCAAGCAGACCACCGCCGCCACGCCCACCAAGGAGCCCGGCCACGCCCCCAAAAAGCACCCGCGCUCCCGCUCGUUUGGAGGACUCAUCAAGCGUAAACCUCGCUCUGAUCAGCUGACAGCGAGACACAUCUCCCCCCCCGGCGCCGUCGCCACGACAGCCUCAAGACACGGCAAAGAGAACGUUAUCCUGCGGGAGGUGAGAAGUCCGCUGAAAGUGCGUGGGAAGGCGGGGCUAGUGUUGAAGAACCCAGACUUCAACUUUCAUAAAAGUCAAGCUGUGAAGGCCCCACCCUAAUCUCCCACCUGUGUCAGCAGGACACGCCCUCCACGGCCAGGAGUUGCUUCUCGCCCGCUCAUGAAGUAUCUCUGUAGACACCCGGACCGGACGUGACUAUUCCGUGUUGCCACGGCAACAGCUCAGUCAGGGCCGCAUGUGAGCCAAUCAGAAGUGAGAGUAUUAUAACUGGCGACUUCAUUAGGUACAUCAAAUUGCUAACUGUUUAUUACUGUUAUACUGACAGCUGUUUCUCAUAUUUUUAAUGUACUUUUUCACAAGUUCACAUGUUAAUAAUAUGUUUAUUACUACAAUAUACUGACAGCUGUUUUUUUUUAAUACUUAAUGUACUUUUCUAAACAUUUUGUGGUACUUUGGGAUUUCCAACGGCUCCAUAAUUUAGUAUUUAUAUCAGGAUGUGAAUGGUAGAUGUUUGAACAUGUCUGUACUUGAACCUGAAUCUUCUCCGUACAAAAUGUGAAUGACUUAAAAGCAAACUUUUAUUUUGGCGGAACAGGAAGCCAUGAUUACUAGCUAACUCGGCGUGUUACUGUACUAGCGUGACGUGGGCCGCCUCAUCAUUGCAAAUAUUACAAUUACACCGUCACUCAUGUGUUGCCUAAAUAUUUAGUUGGGGCCGUUAUAAUUUUUAAAAGGGAACUGCACUUUGUUUUAAAUUAUUGUUCAUAAUCAUUAUGAGGGACA